AAAAGUAGAAGUACCAAUUUGUGAGCGUACUUUUACCGACUCUCUUGUUAGUCGUUAUCUUGCCAUCUCUCUGAACUCCGCUCCGUUACAGGCCGCAAGCAAAACUUUCCUCAAGUUUAUCAGACAGCCACAUCGAAAGUCGAUCAUUCGCCGGAAUCCGGGCCGGAGGCGCUAAACUGAGGAUACAUUCCUCGUUGCCGGAGACGCUGGACUGAAUUCGCUCGCGCGCGCGCGAGAACUCGUUCUUCCUAACUGCUCCUUUCGAAGCCCUAAUUCCAAACGUGGGGGAAAGAAGCAUGGGCGAAGCGUUGGGUGAGGGGAAGGACAAUCGAUUCCUUCAGGUCUCUUCCAAUGCCGGCGACAGUGCGAUUGAAUCCGCGGCUCAGCGAGCAGUGCUCCGUGAACAAGAAAUCGAGGCACAAAGAGUCAUUCAAGCUCAUCAAAGAGAUUCAGGAGCUGCAAGUCAAGAAGCCUCCAAGGAUGGUGCUGAUUUAUUUGCUCAACGACUUGAUCCCAACGCUAUAAAAGAGCACUUGUUGAAGAUGACGACUGACCAUCGCUCUGAAAUGGCUUCAAAGCAUGGGAAGCCUACGGUUCCUGAACAAGGUCGCAUGGAAAUUGGGAAUGGGUAUGGUGUGCCUGGUGGAGGGGCAUAUUAUGGUUCUUCAAGGCCGCUGCCUGAUAAGGAAACGAAACAGGAAUCUGCUACUAUGGAGCUACCCGAUUAUCUCAAGCAAAAGUUGAUGGCAAGGGGUAUUCUGAAAGACAACAGAGAGAGAGGACAUGAAUUGGGAACAAAUAAACCAAUAGAGUCGAGAACUGUUUCGUCACAGCAUGUUCAGUUGAAUAAGCUGCUUCCUGGAUGGGCAGAAGCAAAAGAUCCCACAACAGGUGCUCCUUAUUACUAUAAUGAAAGCACUGGGGUGACUCAAUGGGAGAGGCCUCUUGAAACUCCUCCGGCCAAGCAGGUCCCUUUACCUUUGGCUCUUCCUGGCAAUUGGGUGGAGGCAGUGGAUGAAACAACAGGCCAUAAAUAUUACUUUAAUACCAAAACCCAAGUAUCACAAUGGCAGCAUCCUGAUUCAUCAUCUGUACUUGCCUCACAGCGAGCUUCCAUUGCGAAUACGGUACAAGCUGACCCAGGAAGUAUGAAUGAGAAAUCACGUUACAAUACAAGAUGCAUGGAAUGCGGUGGUUGGGGUGUAGGCCUUGUACAAUCAUGGGGUUACUGCAAUCAUUGCACACGAGAACUUAAUCUUCCUCAAAGUGAAUACAUAACUCCAAACUACCAGCAGCAGGCUAGCACUUUUGGGAAUUCCAAUGGCAAUCAUAACAACAAAGGGGCAGAAAAGAGGCCAAAUGGGAGACCUCCAUUUGGGAAAGGGAACAACAAAAAAGAGAGCAGAAAACGUUCCUACGCCGAGGAUGAUGAGCUGGACCCCAUGGAUCCAAGCGCUUACUCCGAUGCUCCUCGUGGUGGCUGGGUUGUGGGCUUAAAAGGGGUGCAGCCACGAGCAGCCGAUACAACUGCCACGGGCCCUCUUUUCCAGCAACGCCCUUACCCAUCACCAGGAGCCGUCCUAAGGAAGAAUGCCGAGGUUGCAUCGCUGUCCAAGAAACCCCCCGGGUCUCAGUACAUUGCGAUAUCCAAGGCAGGGGAUGGGAGCGAUGGUCUUGGUCAGGCUGAUUGACGAUAUGAAACUCGUGUAAGUACAGAAUGGCAGAGUGUAACAUGUAGUUCCGCCUCCUAUUUGUCCUCCCGUCUUGUUCAGUUAAUCUUGAUGGAAGCUGCUGCUUGCAGAGCUGCUCGAACUCGGAAAGAACAGCGCCCUGGAAGGAGAUCUGUGUGGGUUUAUGUGACCGAAUGUCACGAGAAUCCACUGCGGGUUUCGACAUUUGCUAGGAAAAUGUAAUGUCCUAUAGUAGUUAUCUAUUGAAAGAUCGGGUACUAAACAUGUUAUGCUGUUCAUCAUGAGGAAGGCAGCAGCGUUUGUUUUGCCUAUGCUGGGUUGAUUGCUCAUAUCUUAACUCAAUGUAAUGGUUAAAUUUUGAAUCUGGUUUAGUUGACUAACCUAAGUACCUAACCAUAGGUCCAAAGCUAAUCCACAAUUCAAUAAUAGAUAA